UCUUGUCUACUGUUUUUCCACUUCCAAGAAUCACUUGCACGCAUGUCCUUUCCCUCCUUCUAAGAUCAGCUUCUCUUUCCUUCACUUCUUCUGCAAUCCUCUCUACUUAUAAAAUCCUCUCACCAUUGUACCACAUUUGAUCAUCUUCAAAGUUCAUGGCCAAGUUUAAUCUCUUAUUCAUCUUCUUGUCUGGUUGUUUUCUUUUCUCAUUGAUUUCAUCAAAUCCUUUGGGUUUUCAUGAUGAUAUAACACUUCCUUUGGAUGCACUUCUACCUUCAUUGAAUGCCGAAAAACUCAUUAGAGCUCUCAAUCUUCAUCCAAAGGAUGCCUCUGCUGUUUCUAGUAAUGUUUCCGGCAUUGACAAGGGUAUAAAGAUUGUUGAGAGGGAGUUCAGACUUCCCGGUCUCUCCGGUGGAGUUCCUGUUGAAGAUCUUCAUCAUUAUGCUGGGUAUUAUCGUCUCCCGCAUUCUAAUGAUGCUAGAAUGUUCUACUUGUUUUUUGAAUCGAGGAACAGCAAAAAGGACCCUGUUGUUAUUUGGUUAACUGGAGGACCUGGUUGCAGCAGUGAACUGGCUGUUUUCUAUGAAAAUGGCCCAUUCACCAUUACUGACAACAUGUCACUUGAAUGGAAUGAUUUUGGUUGGGAUAAGGCUUCAAACCUUUUGUAUGUUGAUCAGCCAACUGGAACUGGUUUCAGUUAUAGUUCAGAUGAACGUGACCUUCGUCAUGAUGAAAAGGGUGUCAGUAAUGAUCUAUAUGAUUUUCUGCAGCAAUUUUUUAAAGAGCACAAGGAAUAUGCCAUGAAUGAUUUUUACAUAACUGGGGAAUCAUAUGCUGGGCAUUACAUUCCUGCAUUUGCCAGCAGAGUUCAUCAGGGAAACAAAGCUGAAGAAGGAAUUCACAUAAAUUUGAAGGGAUUUGCAAUUGGAAAUGGACUUACAAAUCCAGAAAUUCAGUACAAAGCUUACACUGAUUAUGCAUUGGAAAUGGGCAUUAUUCAAGAAUCUGAUUACAAAGAAAUCAACAAGAUCUAUCCUGCUUGUCAACAUGCAAUCAAACUUUGCGGCACAUCAGGAAAAACAGCUUGCGUUUCUGCCUACACAGUUUGCAAUACCAUUUUCAGAUCAAUAUUGAAUAUUGUCGGAAAUAUGAAUUACUAUGACAUCAGGAAAGAGUGUGAAGGGAGUCUCUGCUAUGAUUUCUCCAAUAUGGAGAACUUUCUGAACCUGAAAACAACUAGAGACGCACUCGGCGUUGGAGACAUUGAUUUUGUAUCAUGUAGUACAACUGUGUAUCAGGCCAUGCUCACCGACUGGAUGCAAAAUUUGGAAGUCGGCAUUCCUGCACUUCUAGAGGAUGGUAUCAAACUGCUAAUAUAUGCCGGGGAAUAUGAUCUUAUAUGCAAUUGGCUUGGGAAUUCAAGAUGGGUUCAAUCCAUGGAAUGGUCUGGCCAACAAAAGUUUGUAUCAUCAGAAGAAAUGCAAUUCAGUGUAGAUGGUGAAGAAGCCGGAAUUCUGAAAAGUCAUGGACCUCUCAGUUUCCUCAAGGUUCAUAAUGCAGGCCAUAUGGUCCCUAUGGAUCAGCCAAAGGCGGCAUUGGAGAUGUUGAGGAGGUGGACUAAUGGUCAGCUUGGAGAAACUUCUGAAAGUGCGAAGGAGAUUAUUCAUCUCGAACUGUAAUUGUCUGUUGAAAUGGCAACAGUGUUCAUGUGGCUUGUGAAGCAUGAAAGUUUAUGUGAAAAUUGGCUAACUCUGUAAAACCGUGUUCCUUAUUAUGCAUUUAUAUGACAUUUGAUUCACCUUUCAUCUACU